UGCCCGGGUCCCCCGCCUGGGCGCAGCGGUCGGAGAUGGACGGGGGCUCCGAGCACGCUGGGGACUCUCUGGAUCAAAGUGGAGAUGGGGAAAGCCUCGCCUCCGCUCUCAAGAACACCUCGGACCUCCAGAUGCCCGCCGAACCCUCAGAGACCGAGCCCGAGCCCGAGCCCGAGCCCGAGCCCGAGGCGGCGGCGGCGGCUGAGGAGGUAGAGACCGAGGAAGGAGGCGCCGCCGCGGACGAGCAGGCAGUCACCGAGGCUGAGGGCGAGGGACGAGCCCGGAGAGCCGGGGAGACAGCCAGAGCCGGAGCCCGAGCCGGAGCCGGAGCCCGAGCCCGAGCCCGAGCCGGAGCCCGAGCCCGAGCCCGAGCCGGAACCGAGGAGGCAGCCCAACCGCAAUCCGAAACCAGGCCCGAGGAACAGGAGGAGGCCACAGAGGAGGAGGAGGAGGAGGAGGAGGAAGUGGAGAAGAAGGAGAAGGACAAGGACGAGGAGGCGGAGGACGAGGAGGAGGAGGAGGAGGAAGAGGAGGAGGAAGAGGAGGAGGAAGAGGAGAGAGCUGCAGCGAAGAAGAAGAAGAAGACUAAGAAGAAAACCCUGUCCGGGGCGCCUCUGCAGUUAUCCACCACUGGCGAGGAUGCCGCUCCAGCCCCGGAGGCCUGAAAGAGAGGGACUAAGCAAGAGGAAGAGGAGGAGAAGAAGGAAGAGGAGGAGGAGGAGGAGGAGGAGGAGAGCAAGGUGGAGAGUGGUGAAAGACAAAAGGUGGAAAGCAAGGAAGGGCAGAAAACCUUCGCUACACGGCUCAGUGGAUUACGCGACAGUGAGUGGCCGGAGGAGGUGCAGAAACUGCACGAGCAGCAGCUUCGCAAAGAGCUCUUGGAACCAGUACCACCAACCUGGUGGUUAGAGCGGAACCGCUACCAGCGCUACAAUGUGUACCUGCAGCAAAAGAUCUCCGAGGCGCUGCGCAAGAAGAAGGGCCUGGAAGCCGUGGAGGGCCAGAUUAAGGGCCCAGAGCCCGCGGCCCCCGAAGAGCAGGCGUACUUGCACUAUCUGGCCAUGCUGGAGGACCUGAAGAAGCAAGAGGCUGAUGACCUGGAGUGGUACCACCAGGAGCUGGCCCAGCUGGAGCAGCAGUGCAGGACAAGGUGGCCAGGGUAGAGAAGAGUGGCACGUUUCCAGGUACUCAAAAAGCAGGUGGUGAUGCAGGCCAUGGGCAGCUGCCGCAUGCGGGGUGGGCGCCAGGCUGCCCUGCGGGAGGUGGAGCAGAUUCAGGCCUUGGAGGAUAAAAAGGAGAAGGAGAUGAGCGCUGUGCGGCUGGAGAACGUGCAGCUGAAGCAGAGCCUGGUGCACUUUGAAACCAGAAUGAAGGCCCAGGAGGACUUGACUGAGGGGCCUCUCAUCGAUUUUGAACAGCUUAAGAUUGAGAACCAGACCUUCAACGAGAAAGUCGAGGAACGAAAUGAGGAACUUUUAAAACUGCGCAACAAGGUGAACAACAAUGUGCAGAUAAUAACCCAUGUGAAGGAAAAGCUGCAUUUCAUGGACAUGGAGAAUGCAUGCAAAAAGGCACAACUUUUGGAAAUUGAGGCUCAGGUGGCUCUAGGAAGGGACAUCCUAACCAAGACGAAGCAAGCCCGAGACAGCCUGAGGGGUGACAAUAAGCUGAACCAGAAGUGCGGGCUUCUGGGCAAGGAACCACUCCUUCGGGACCUGGAAGAAAUGGACAAGACUGAACAGCUGAACCAGCGCCUAGAAUCCCUCAAGCGCCAUCAUGCUGGGCUCACUUUGUCCUGCAAAGGCAUGAAGCAGAAGAUCAGGGAAGCCAAGCCUUCCUCCCGCCCUGAUACGGUGGACAGAGUUGGCAGAACAUUGUCAGUGUGGUCCACUUUUACUGUCCUGUUGCCAUCCUUAAGAGGCCUAAGGCAUCUGGUUAGGAAACCAUGUUUUUAUAAUUUUUUCAGCUUCAAAACUAGUGCUGACCACAAAAUUGGGUUAGCAGUUUUAUAUGGGAUGAAGCAAAAAUAGACCCAGAGAAACAAAAAUGGAGUGAUUUAAUGUAACAUGACUUCUCAGGAAAAUCUAAAAACUUAAGAGCUGAGCAAUCCCAUAAUUCAGUAACUUAGUACCAAAGAGUGCCAUUCCUCUUCUAUGUGUAAGUAGGCAAAGUUCAACAAGUGAGCAGAUUACUGAAAAAUUCUGUGCUUAAGCAAAUUAUUAAAUUCUCUUUGGGUUUAUUAAGUUGUAGUCCUGAAUUACUGUCUCACAAAGUCCCCUUAAUCUGUUUUGUCUCUAGCCAGUACUAGCUUCAAGAGUGUAAAUAUAUAUCUCCAGGAAACAGGAGAGAGGACCAACAGCAGAAAGGAAGCUGGUGCUUGGUCAUCUUUCUUUUCUCAGUGGAAGAAAACUCAGUCCUUGCCACCAUUAAUGUUUCUGUCUUAAUGACAGU